AUGGGCAUUUGUGCUUCAAACAUUCGGACAACCACGCUGGAGCCAGCCUCCUCUCAAGACGAUGGAAAAACGAAAAAGCUCUAUGUUUCUUCAACGAAAACGACACAACAUCCUACUGACAAACAGCCCAUGGAGAAAACUCGGACGGAUCUCACAAAACAUGAAGAUGAUAAGCAGACAGGAGAAAACAAAGUAAUUAGAACUUCAACAAAAGACAACAUCACGGAUCCAAGCAAUCCAAAUAUUCAAGGUAAUUCCAAACCUGCAGAUGACAGCAAAGCUCAAAAGAAAACUGCUAAUCCAACAACAAACUCAAAUAAUGUAGCAUCGCCAUCACCCAAUGGCGAUUUCAAAAUUUCUUUUUCCGAGCAAGGAGACAAAUAUCUAAGUGUACAAAAGUGGUUAAACGAGGCAGUUUUAAACGAACAUUCACCCAAUCCCAUUCUACCGAUUGGUGGAGUUUUUAUACAUAACAUGCCGCCAGAGGAAAAGAAUUCUCUGACAUCCCAUACCAAUCCCAAAGCUGAGGAAGACGAAACUAGUUCACUAUCUACGUUUAAACGGCACAAUAGUAUGAUACCUUCAACAAAGCACUAUGAAAUCUCAUAG